AUGGACGUGGACAUGGACGUGGACAUGGACGUGAAAAUGGACAUGGACGUGGACGUGGACGUGGACUUGGACGCGGACAUUGUCGUGGACGUGGACGUGGACGUGGACAUUGUCGUGGACGUGGACGUAGACGUGGACGUGGACGUGGUCGUGGACGUGGACGUGGACGUGGACAUAGACGUGGACGUGGACGUGGACGUGGACGUAGACGUGGACAUGGACGUGGACGUGGACGUGGACGUGGACAUGGACGUGGACGUGGACAUGGAUGUGGACGUGGACGUGGACAUGGACGUGGAUAGGGACGUGGACGUGGACGUGGACGUGGACGUAGACGUGGAGGACUUGGACGUGGACAUGGACGUGGACGUGGACGUGGACGUGGACAUGGACGUAGAGGACUUUGACGUGGAGGACUUGGACGUGGACGAAGACGUGGACGUGGACGUGGACAUGGACGUGGACGUGGACAUGGACGUGGACAUGGGCGUGGACAUGGACAUGGACGUGGACGUGGACGUGGACAUGGACGUGGACAUGGACGUGGACGUGGACAUGGACAUGGACGUGGACGUGGACGUGGACAUGGACGUGGACAUGGACGUGGACAUGGACGUGGACGUGGACGUGGACGUGGACGUAGACGUGGAGGACUUGGACGUGGACAUGGACGUGGACGUGGACGUGGACGUGGGCAUGGACGUAGAGGACUUUGACGUGGAGGACUUGGACGUGGACGUGGACGUGGACGUGGACAUGGACGUGGACGUGGACGUGGACAUGGACGUGGACAUGGACGUGGACAUGGGCGUGGACAUGGACAUGGACGUGGACGUGGACGUGGACAUGGAAGUGGACGUGGACGUGGACGUGGACAUUGUCGUGGACGUGGACGUGGACGUGGACAUUGUCGUGGACGUGGUCGUGGACGUGGACGUGGACGUGGACGUGGACGUGGAGGACUUGGACGUGGAGAUGGACGUGGACAUGGACGUGGACGUGGACGUGGACGUGGACAUGGACGUGGACGUGGACGUGGACAUAGACGUGGACGUGGACGUGGACGUGGACGUGUACGUAGACGUGGACGACUUGGACGUGGACGUGGACGUGUACGUGGACGUGGACGUGGACGUGGACGUGGACGUGGACGUGGACUUGGACGUUGACGUGGAGGUGGACGUGGACAUGGACGUGGACGUGGUCGUGGACGUGGACGUGGACGUGGACGUAGACGUGGACAUGGACGUGGAGGACGUGGACGUGGAGGACGUGGACGUGGACGUGGACGUGGACGUGGACGUGAACGUGGACAUGGACGUCGGGGUGAACGUGGACGUGGACGUGGACGUGGACGUGGACAUGGACGUGGACAUGGACGUGGACGUGGACGUGGACGUGGACGUGGACGACUUGGACGUGGAUGUGGACGUGGACAUGGACGUGGACGUGGACGUGGACGUGGACGUGGACGUGGAGGACUUGGACGUGGACAUGGACGUGGACGUGGACAUGGACGUGGACGUGGACGUGGGGGUGGACGUGGACGUGGGGGUGGACGUGGACAUGGACGUGGACGUGGACGUGGACGUGGACAUGGACGUGGAUGUAGACGUGGACGUGGACGUGGACGUGGAGGACUUGGACGUGGACAUGGACGUGGACGGCGAAUUCUCGCCACCAUCAGGAUGGCCGGCGCGCAGUACUCCACGGCGUCGUACAUCACCCAUGUCAUGCAGGGACUCUCGAGCAGCUACAACCUCCUGA